UCAUAAAUUAACAUUAUACAAAACUCUCAUUUCCUUAAAUCAAUAAUAAUUGUAAUUAAUUUUUAUUUCAAGAAAAAAUAUAAAAAAUAACAAAAACGUUUCUUGUUAACUAUCAAAACGUUAGAAAACAACGGUUUCAAUCUCUUUUACCACAAAUCACACGUCCAUUUCCCGAAUGCCCUCAAAUUUCUACUCCUCCUCUAUUUCCUCUUCAACAUUGACCCUUUCCUUUCCCCUCGUCGUCGUCGUCAGACGGCUUCGACGACGAAAAACGGGCCCAAUUUCACCGUUAAUGACGACGAAAAUCUCCGUCGAUCAAUAUAGAAUCUUUAAUAUUUGAUUUUUUUUCUUUGAAAGAAUUUGUUGUUUUGUUUUUGUUUUUGGAAAGGUGAAAUCAUGAAUAAUAAUAAUGUGGCACCGUUUCAGCUCUUGGAACUCAACGUGAUCUCUGCGCAAGAUUUAGAACCCGUAGGUCGUCGUAAAAUGCGAACCUACGCUGUGGCUUGGGUUCAUUCAGAGCGGAAACUCACGACUCGAAUCGAUGGCCAAGGCCAUAAUAACCCGACGUGGAACGAUAAGUUCAUUUUCCGUGUCGAUGAGGAGUUUCUAUACGGCGAUACAUCCGCCGUCAUGAUUGAAAUCUACGCCGUUCAUUGGUUUCGUGAUAUUCAUGUCGGGACUGUUCGUGCUAUUAUCGGAAACCUUAUUCCUCAUAUCUCUUUACCGUUGAACCGUCGGCAAGAAUUUUCAUUAGGGACAACGUUCGUUGCGCUUCAAGUUUGGAGACCAUCGGGUCGACCCCAAGGGAUUUUAAACAUUGGGGUGGCGUUGCUUGAUAGUUCAAAGAGGAGCAUGCCGUUGUAUUUGCAUAUGGGGUCGUCGGCGGUGGGAUAUAAGCAUUUAAUGGGUGAAGAAGAGAUGCCUGUUUCUUCUGCUAAAAGCAAUAGCAAUGAUAAUGAUCAACAAGUUGUUGUUCAUCCGUUGGUUAAGCCUAAGCUUCGACGAACUAAGAGUGAUUCGAGUUCAGUUUUUCCUUUAGAUUUAGGGCCUAAAACGAAAGGUUCAUCGAUUAUCAAUGGUGGUUCAGUUGUUAACGGUGGUGGGUCAAUUGUUUUCGGAUUCGAACCCGAAAAUCAUAAUGGUAAAACUAAUUCCAGGGGCAGUUCAAUGGUGAAUUAUACAGUUGGGAAACUUAAUACUAACAAAGGGAAAUCAAGUUCGGUUGUUAACGGGUUGGAGGAUCCAAGAAAAUGGGUCAAAAAGGGGAAAUCAAGCUCGGUUGUUAAUGGAUUUGAGGAUCCGGGGAAAAUGGCAAAAAAGGGAAAAUCAAGUUCGAUUGUUGGAUUUGAGGAUACCGGAAAAAAUGGCAUCAAUGGUCAAAGAAUUGGGUUGAAAACACCACCGGGGAAGUCACCGAAUGUGUUAUACGGUGGCCAAAAGAAAAUGGGCGGGACCAAAGUUUGGACCGAUUCAGAAAUUGGUCCCUCGCCGUCAGAAGUGGCGGCUGCGGUGGCGCAAAACAUGCACCAUAACAGAUUUGAUGAUUGUGAGAGUUCAAUAUUGGGAUGGAGUUUAGAUGAUCAAAGCAUUGAAGGGCUUCGAUCGAAGUUAGAACGAUGGAGAACGGAGUUGCCGCCGGUUUAUGACCGGGGUGGUGAAACUUCGAGUUCUGUUUCGACUGCGGUUCCGGCGUCAAAACGAUCGAGACAUGCUCGAAGACACACCGACAACGGCAGCACGUUUUCGUGUUUCGGUAACAUUUGUGGGUGCGAAAUUUCGAUUACUUGCGGCGGUGGUGGGGCUGCCCCCGGUAGAAAAAAGGGGAAUUUGCAUCGAGGUCCCCCUAGCUCCAUCCCUGAUGACAUGAGUUACCUUUGAAUUUGAGAAAAGGACUUAAUUGACAAAGAAAGAGAAUUUUGAGUGGCCAUAAAUUGAAAAAUGUGGAACUAAAUGUUUCGGAUAUAUGUAAUGGGGAAACCUAAAAAAUGAGAUUUGAAGAGUGACCGAUUGAUGAAGUUGAGUUAGGCCAUUCUUUUCCCCCUUUUUUUUAAUAUAUAUUUUAUAUUUUAUUGAAUUUACAUUUGAUUUUGUAAUUUGGA